AUGAGUGAAGUGCUGAAAAUGAAAUGCCGAAUCUGCAAUCGGGACUUUGUGGAGACGGAAAUGGUGCAGAUAUGGCCUUGUCUGCAUAUGUUUUGCCCUAAGUGCAUCGACAUUCAUCGACAAUCUUCCAAGGCAAGAUAAAUAACAAAAAAUUGUCCAAUUUUUUUAUUGAAGCGACGGCGUAAAUAAUAACUUCUCUCUGUAAUUAGGAAUCGGUUUGUUUUCAGCUCUGCCCAGCCCCGGAUUGCUGUAGUCUGAUCAAGAUUUGCGAUGAUUUGAAGUGGAAUAUGUGCGAGAAUUACCUCUGCCUCCGUCGUCUCUCUCCUCCCGUGGAUCUGUACAAAAUGAGUGGAUGUGGACACGAGAUUUGGUCGGUCUUUUAUUCGGAUGACGUUUCGAAACCAGACUCUUUGCAGUGUCCAAUGUUUCACCGAUGCCUCAAGAAGAGAGCCCCAGAUCUGCCCGGUCCUCAAAUGUGGAGGCCCGUUGGCCGAGGAAGAUGACGGAGAAUGUGACGGUCAAUGUCACAAACAGCAAGAGCCGGACAAGUUGAUCACCACUGUCUGCUGUCAGGCCAAGUAUUGCCAUCCGUGCUUCGCCAAGGUCCACGGUGUCCCGGAUGUCAGCAAAAUGGAUUUGAGUAAGAAAAUUUUUGUUGUAGUAGGCAAGAUUGGUGUAAUUUAUGGCUGUAAUAGAAAUAUAGUAAGAUAGAACGUAAAAGUGAAAUGAUUUAGAAACCACCCGAUGCCCCCAGGGAAAAUGCGUGGACAAAGAGCAACGUCGGAGACACAGCCGGCACAGGGGAAAUACCCCGGCAACUCUGUCCAAAUGCAUGGGCUAUCCUGAUUGCACGGGAGAGGCCCUCAGGAACUUCCCAUCGGAACAAGAAUGCGAUCAUGAGGUUUGCCUCAAUUGUCUGGAUCGAAUCAUCACCGAAUGCACCAACAAUGGUGAGCUUGAUCAAGUGUAAUAUAAAAAGUAUUGCAGAUAAUCUCCCAUUGUGUCCCAACGAUCAAUGCCGUCUCCCCUAUCGGUUUGAAUCAGUGGCUGCGCUCAAAGCUCUUCUCCCACAUCAUGCCAAAUACUUUGCGAACCUCGCCCUGGAUGUCACCCAUGGAUACGAAGCGAUCCGAGAUGACACGGUUACUGUAAGUAAUCUUUGUAAAUAGAUUUUACAAUUUGUUUUUCCAGGCCAUUGAUGUCCACCCUUUCAAACCGAAUGAAAAGCGAUCGUUUGACAUGAAAUGCAGCGUUUCUGAAGAAGACGACCAAGGCCCGUGUUUGAUCACGUUUUCAAAAGAUGGAACCCUCGGAGAAUUGUUAAGGGAAACGAGAAGAACUCUCAAGAUAUUACCCACGGACAAGGUCUACGGAUAUUUUGUGAGAAGGGAAGAUGCGGAAGAUGAGCAGUUGAUUGUAAAUCAUCAGACCAGCAAGAAGCCGGUCACUGAUUUUAAUUUCGAUCUGGACACUCAUCUCAUCAUCGAUGUCACUGGAAUUGUGAUGACGAAGAAACAGAAGGCUGAUAGUGCCGUCAAGAGCCAAACCAAGAAGUCGAGGGGUUAG